AUGUCCAGCUGGAGGACUAUUGGUAUACGUUCGCCAAUUCUUACCAGCGCAAAGGUAUCGCGAACCAUACCACAACAAUGGAUCCUCCAACGACAGCAAAAUCGAGAAAAUCAAUCGCAAACCCGACAUGCUCUGCUGGACUUGCGCCGCAAGGCAAUACCAGUUGAUCGGCAACGUCAGGUACUGUAUGAGCUGGUGGAAAAGUUUGAAAAAUUUCCACAAGAGAAAGCGUUCGCGAUAGAGGAGGGUGCCGUCGAGCUGCUUAAAGAACUGAAACACUCGACCGACCCGGCAAUAACGCAGCAUGCAAAGCUCGGUCUAGCGCUGCUUGGUUAUGUCCCGUCUCUUCCGGGCGAGGGAAUUCGCAUCCUGAGCAUCGACGGUGGUGGCAUUCGGGGUAUCAUUGUGAUGGAGCUACUGCGCAAACUGGAACGACUUACCAACCGUAGAAUAUUCGACCUGUUCGAUCUGGUGUGUGGUGUUUCGACCGGCGCUAUACUGGUGUGUGCCUUGGCCUCCGAAAAGGGACUUACACUGGCGGAAGGUAUUCACCUGUACAAAAAGAUAGCCUACAAGAUCUUCCAUCGUCCAUCAACGCUGGACAAACUUUCAGGCGCGUCGCGCUUGUUUUCGUCUCAUGCUUACUACGACAUCGACCUGUGGGAAUCUUUGCUCAAACGACAUGUCGGGUAUCGUCGCAUUAUCGACACGGUGAUGCUCCCAAAUGUGCCGAAGUUCUGCUGUGUUUCAACUACGGUCUGUGAUGAGCAUAUUGAUGCACAUGUGUUUCGCAACUACACGUUACCACAGAACGUGCAGUCGGUCUACGCUGGGUCACACACAGCACGUCUGUGGGAAGUAGUACGAGCUUCAUCGGCUGCUCCGGCCUACUUCGGAGAUUUCCCGCUAAACGGUCAGCUGCAUCAGGACGGUGGCAUACUGUACAACAAUCCCACGACCGUGGCCAUCCACGAAGCCAAAUGUCUUUGGCCGAACGAACGGAUCCAAUGUGUGGUAUCGUUCGGUACGGGACGCACCCGGGGCAAAUCAAACGAUGGGCAAAAAAUCAUUAGCCCAAACAUUCUCGAGCAAGCCUCACUGUCCAGCUCGUGGAAGACCAAGUUCUUGCGCAUACUCGAUUCAGCCACCGACACGGAGGCGGCUCACACAGUGCUGAGCGAUUUGUUGCCACCCGGUCACUACUUUCGCUUCAAUCCGUACCUCACCGAGUUCCUGUCGAUGGUUGAGGUUCGGCCGGAAAAGAUCGCCCAGCUGGAAAAGGAUACGGCCAUGUACUAUGCGCGCAAUGAGGACAAGUUCGAGCAGGUGGCCGAUCUACUGACACGCAAACGAUCAAUCGCACGCAAAGCGUACGAUGUUGCACGGCAUGUUUUCUAUCGCUAG